GAUAGCCGGAUAGCCAAGGCAUAAUAUGUCAUAUUGGUAGGUAGUGUAAAGAUGGCGUCCACGGUGUGUGUGUCGAGAUGCCGAUUGUUAUCUAAAUUUGAAAUAAAUCGUGGUUUGUGUUUAUCACCAAUAUUCAGGGACUUGGCGAAUAGUAGGGAAUCCUGGUGUCGUAGAUGGCGACCAACUCGGCGUUCAUUUUUCACAACUGUGUUCGUACAAGGAUCAAAAUCAGCACCGACAAAACUCGAAGAAAAAGUUGAUGAAGUGUCGGUGACGUACCGGCGAGGAUUGCCCGUCAUUACCGUGCCGCUGCCGUCGCGCCGGGAGAAAUGUCGCUUCACGCUGCGACCGGUCUCACAAACCGUCGGGGAUCUACUCGACCAGUUGAAGUUGGAAGAUCGCGGUGUGGAGCGCGCCGUGGCUUUGGCGGCCGAGGACCGCGUGCGCAUCGCGUCCUCCGACACCGUGGAGGCGCUGCUGGAGAACGACUUCCGGCUGCUCAUCAACGAUACCGAGUACUACGUGCACACUCCGCCGCAGGAACGAUUAAGUGCCGAAGAGAUAACACGACUGAGUGACGUACGAAACCUGGUGAAUCAGCUGUACGAAGCGCUCAAUGUGCGUGAGCAUCAGAUAAAGAAGGAGAGGGAGCUGAGGGCUCAGCUCGAGAAGCUCUCCACAGAACUCCAGCCUUUGGAAGAGAAACGCAUGAGCCUAGAAGUGGAGACGACUCGAAAGACAUCGGCACUGACUUGGGUGGGGCUGGGUCUUAUGGGAGUGCAGUUUGGGGUUCUAGCACGGCUGACGUGGUGGGAGUACUCCUGGGACAUCAUGGAGCCUGUCACCUACUUCGUCACCUAUGGCACCGCGAUGGCGGCCUAUGCUUACUUUGUACUUACUAAACAGGAAUAUAUCUUGCCAGACGUGAAGGAUAGACAACAUUUAAUAUCGCUGCACAAGAAGGCGAAAAAGAUCGGACUGGACAUCAAUAAAUAUAAUUUUCUUAAGGAUGAGGUUGAUAAAUUACAAAAGGACCUAGCUCGCCUUCGAGACCCGCUCAAUAUACACUUGCCAGAAAACUACAAGAUACCCAAAGAUGAUACCAAACGAUCACCCUUGACCAAAAUAAAAGACAUGUUGGAAGAAACCAGCAAGAAGAUGAAAAUAACGUAAUACUAAGCGGUUAUGCCAUUAUAGACAAUAAUACCUUCACAAUAGUGACAAAUGUCCAGUGGCGUAUUCUACAAUGUAUUUCUACCCUCUAUCUCCAUUACGGUAUUCAACUGCUUUCUUUCUAUCAUUGACUAUGUUUUAUGGUAAAUAAUUUAGCAAAUUUUUGUGUUUCUUCUUUCGAAUUGUAUAUUUAACUGUAGUACUUGUACACACAUUGAUUGGCCUAAAUUCCCUUAACUUAAUAACUUACAUAAUUAUUACGUCUAGAUAGAGUGUCUUGCUCUUAGACAACCGAUAAAAACAGGCCAGGUUUAAUACUUUAGUGUGCGUGACAAGCGACGUCUUACACUCGCGACUUGUAUGACACUUUGUAUUAGUGUGCGUGCAUUGCUCAAAAUAGAGGUUAACUCGAAUCUAAAUUUUUUUCGUCGUUUUCACAGCUGUCAUAGUCCACCUAGACGUAUUAAUGAUCUAAGCUUAAUAAAGUAAACUGUUUAAACUGUAUUCUAAAAAUGUUGAUAUAUUAGUGAAAUAUUUGUUUUUUUUUUGAAGUAAAAAUAUUAUUUAGAUACGCAAUUUAAAUUAACAUUGGCAGGUUCAUGCUGUUAAAUGUUUAAGUAGUUAAAAUGAAUAUUUAAUAUAAAAUUAAGUAGUCUGAAAAUUUAUUGAUACCUAGUCUUCAAGAAAGUAAAAACGAAUUAUAAAAAUAUGUAAAUUUACCGACUACUCACGGUAGAUAGAGGCUUAUGUAAUAAUAAUAUUUGCUAGGAAAUUAUUACCUUUAUUAUUUCGGCCAGUAUUAUUUCUAACGUGUAUCUAGUUCUUUAUGAAUGAAAAAUACUAAUCGAUUCAAAUUUCAAUGAUAAUUGAAGUUUACUUGUUGGCUUUAAGAGGCGAGACAUAUGAAUAGUUAAAUAUAUUAUUGCAAUUUAAUAAAUGUUUACUGAAAUUGUUAGUAAAAAACAAAAAAUAAAUAUGUUACAUUGAGUAGGGAGCUAUUUCGUGAAAUGUCAUGAUUUUUCUUACGUCAAAUAAUUUAAGGGUAAAAUGGACAUAAACGUACCUAUGGUUGUAUUAUUUCGAAGACAUAAUUAAUAUACUUAGGUGAUUACUUAAAAGGCUUAUGAAAAAUAUGUUUUCACUAUUGACUUUAUAUUUUUAAGAGUAACCUCGUAAAGAGAUUUUUACAAUUGCGUUUUCUAUGAUAUUUUUCACAGUGUAAUAGUUUGAAUGGCUUUUUUUAAUUAAAUAUUUUUUAUACAAACCUAUACCUCAUUUAGGAUCUGUGUGUUUAACAUGAAAAAAAAAAAUUAUUUAUUUGCUUAGAUAUAAGAUUUAGUUGAAAUAUAUAAAAUCUUAGUUUGUUAAUGUUUAUGCUCAUAUUGAUUGUUUCCUAUACUGUUUAGAUUUUAAUGUUUGUUUUUAUACUAACAAUACGUUGUAGCUGUAUUAAGUACGGGUAAGUUUAAACCAUAUUUUUUGCCGUUUACACAAAUUAUAGAAGUCAAGUUGACACCUUGCAUCAUUACGCACCCUGCGUCGCAUCUGUCGGGGUGCGAGUUCAAAUCUUCCAAGUGAUCAUUAGCUACUUCUAGAGAAUGCAAUCCAGCAUGGUAAUACCUGAUUAAAAUACUAUUAGGAUUCAUCAUUUUCAAUACCCUUAAAUAAAUAAAUAUCCAUUAGAUCUUAGAGCUAACCAAGUGAGAAAUCAUAGAUAAAUCUUCAUUCUGAUCAGACUGACAUGAUAAACACACGCAUUGUAUAGAUGGACCCAAUCAAAGGACCAAUUCAAACCCACAUCCACACACUCACUCACUCACACACACACACACACACACACACAAUUAAUUGUAAAUUGUUAAAUUUGGUUUUCAAUCAUUUCUGUUUAUUUCUAUAUUGUUUACUUAAUAAAAUGUAUCUGCUAAGGAAGUAACGAGAUAUUCCCAAUACAAGUGUCCUAAGACAACUUACUGGGAAGUCUCAACCACUAAAAAAUGUAUAUGUAAUCUUUGAAAUAAACGAAAUUUAUAAAUUUAUUUAUUUAUAAAUCAUCAUAGAGGUAGGUACUGAGUAUAGAGAAAUACGUGGAAUAAAAACAGUUAAUAAAUCUGUUUGAAGAGAAUUUAAAUAUAUGGAAACUUCCACUUUCAGAGUUCAUGUUUAGUUCAGUAAAUUUUAUUUCACUUCUUACCAUGUCAGAAUUUAGAUAAGUUAGUGUCAUAUCGUUUAAUUGCAAUCUCUACCUUCAUCAUAACUUGCAAAAUGUGCGAGAUAAUUGCAAAAAUAACUUUCUCACAUAUUUCCACGAAAGUUGGAAACUGUAGUCUAAUUUCUUUCGGUGGUGUUUGCAUAUUGAUUCCUUUAAAAAACAGCCCAAAAAUAUUAACAAGAUAGGUACAGCUCUUGUAAUAAUUCCAGUAAAAUAAAGUAGCGAACGGCUACAAUAAGUAGAACUAAUAUCUAAUGACUUCAUGCGAAAGCACGCAAGUUCGAUGUGGUAAUAACUUGCGCGUUCAUGGUGAACGGGGAACUAAUAAGUGGAUAGGACGGAAGGUGCAUUACUGGCAGGUGUCAGCUUGAUUUCUGCAGGUCUUAUCCAAUAUUUUCGGAGUUUGCAAGAUUGUUUACAAAGCUAUAAAAUAAAUAAGUUAGUUUAAUUAUCUCAUGCAUAUUUUACUGUACGUUAUAUUGGUUUUGUUCUUAAAUGAACAUUUUGCGAAAUAAAACUAGUUUUGUGUCUGAAUAUAUUUUAUUCAGGGCUAAACAUAUAAUCAAGAAAUCCUCACCCUCGAGAACCAUUUAAGUGAAGUGAUGAAAUAUGUCGCCGAAUUGCCAUUAUUAUAAGUCAUAUUCAAGUUUUUUUUUUUCAAGUACCCUCUUUUAGUACCUCGACUUCAAGUAUUUGCCAACUAUGUUAUUUAUAUGUACUAAUGUAUUAAUAAUGUACUAUAAGAUGGUCUAGUCGUUCGCACAAUAUUUAACAAUUGACUGUUUUUGAUGGAUUUGUUCCUGACACUUGCCUAUGUAUAUUGUUUUACGUGCCUGUGGAAUUUUUGCACAAAGUAAUAUUAAUGUUAAUUAUUCUCGAGUUAUCAGAGUUUUGAUGUUUUAAAGGCGUUAUUUAAGGUUGAAAUGCGUCUGCUUAAAUUUGUCACUGAAUAUGUAGUAUAUGACCACACGGCUUACGGCCGUUUCCAAUAUUCGGUCCAUCUUUUACUUGAGAUAAAAAUCGUAACUAUCCUUGACUUUUCUGUCCCAAUAAACUUAUCAACGGGAACUCACCUUAUCCGUACAGGCUGUCUGUCAAUGGGAGGACGUAUAGCUUACCAGCGAUAGAAGUUUGUAUGGAAAUUGCAAUUCACGCGUCCCAAUAUAAGGCGAUAAGAAUGACUUAUCGGGUAUAUUGAGACAGCUUCAGAUUACUGACAGUAGAAGGUAGUAAUUUAUCUCUAUCUGUAGAUAGUAUAUUGUAGUUCCUAUGUUGGCUGGGUUCUAAGGUCUUCCACGGAAUAGUAAGUACCUACACUAAUGAGCGUCAAUAAACACAAGAAAUCAUAUUCUGCGUGAUUAUCAGGGUAUAGGCUUAUAGAUCACAUUUAACAAGCCGCCAAUUCAGUCUUAGGGCUAUAUUUCACCGGGACACCACGGUGGCGCAACCAGUCGCCGCUACCAACAAAAUGUAAAGACUCUACAGUAGUUAGUGGUGGCGCGACCAGCUCGGACACGAGCACAAAAUGUUACUGGUCGCGCCACCACUAAUUACUAUAGAGCUGUAUGGUGUCUCACACACUCGGCCGCCAGUCCGGCCGCCAGUGACACUGCCACCGCAAUGCAUGCAACAUGUGUCCACGUUUGUGGUUUGUUGUUUAAUGCAUUUGUUAAUUUCAUACGAUGGAUAAUUCCGAUACUAACAGAAAGGUGUAUGACGAAAUCCCAAAGUACACCAUCAAAGUAGGAUAAUUCUGAUAGAUAUUUCAAAAUGAAGGCUAAAUAAGGAUGAACCCCCACUGUUUCUUUUUUCUGUUGUACUUUCUUUUCCUACUUACAGCUCAAAACCUCCUGCUAUCUCUUCGAGGUACAUUUUAGUACUGUCUCAAUGUGGCGUCUUGACUCUGGUGUAUGUAUGGUGUCCCGGUGAAAUAAAAAAAUAAACCAACUAUUUCUUCAGUUAUGCAUACUAUUAGUGUGACACACUAUAAAUUUAUAUUUGACGCAUUUAAGCCUUAAAAUAGCUUAUUUUUAUAAAAUACUGGACUGAUUUGCAAAUGUUACGAAUGCAACGUUAUAUUUAGCACAUUUAAUAUGUUUACGGUGCUUUAUUUGUGAACUUAAUAGUUUAAUUCUAGACAAUUAUUGAUUGUAUUGCAAUGGUUUUAUUAAACAUUUUAAGUUUC